CCACCCCACUUCAAAUGCCACCUCCCAACUUGCCCUACCCCCCCCCCUCUUCUGUCCUCCCGGGCUCAAACCUCCUGCUCCGGCGAGGGCAAUCGGCAAAGGCAGCGUGAAGCUCCGCUGAGAGCCACGCAGAGGAUGGAUAGUCGCGCACGUCAUGCGUUAAACGUCACGCGUUAUUAGCGUUAAGACAACAACAAGAAUAUAUUUUAGAUUUUUGUUCAACUGACCGAAUGUCGCCGCUUUAUCAUCGACGGUGACUUUGGCGACGGGCAAGUUUCGAGAGAGAUUUAAGUUGACAAGUUCUCCACGCACACGUGAGGCCGAUUUCGGUUUUAAAUUGUUUUUCGUUGAGAGGCGCUUUCCUGAGCUCGCAGUAUCGCGACAUCACUUUAGUUUGCGAAGCUUUUUUUUUGUUAAGGGACAACGGGCAACUCCCCUCGAGUUCAUUUUCGUGAGAGCUGACAACAACAACAGCGCCUUGAGAGAGGGAGAGACCUUGGCAGGCGUUCCCACGAGGACCCCCGGGAGAGAGAGAGAGUGGUGUGGUGUUUGGGGAAAGAGAAGACAUGGAGCUGGCAAGCUGCGUGCAGCCGUCGUUCAAGGAAGAAGGAGACGCGCUCUCGAGUGCCCACAAAGCCCCGAGCCAGACCGUGGCACUCCACCUUCACGGUGUGGCUGAUAGACUCGGCAAUGCAAGCACUGGAGGGAGUGGCAACGGAGGAGGAGGUGGGCAGCAGCGGUGUCAGUCGGCUCCGCUCGCGCUCACCACUCACGAAAGGUCUCCGCCGUCCCCUGGUGCCUCGGGCCCCAAGCGGAAGCGUGCCGCCACCCCCGAGGCCCAGGAGCUGCUGCUGCUGCAGUCGAGCCGCACAGGCCCCCUCAACUUGAGCAAGGCGCCCCGCAGGGACGAGCAGCCCGAGGGCCGGAACGACGGUGGGCUACUCUCCCCGGACGGGCGGCGGUCCGUCCCCCCCGCCACCUCGCUCCGUCGCCCCGGCGACAGCCACAGUGGAGGAGGAGGAGGAGGAGGUGGUGCCGACCUGGCGGCGACCCCCGGUUGCCAUGGCGAUGGACCGAGCGCGACCCCGUGUUGCCACGGAGCUGGCACGUCAUGGCCGAUCGUCCCAGCAGACGAUGUUCACCUCCAUCAUCGCGGCACGAUGGCGGUGCUACAGCAGCAGAUGCGCCCCUCCGUCAUUACGUGCGCACCGGCCCUCAAUCAGAAAAACCAUCACGGCAGCCGCCACGCAUUGAGGGGCCCCAACAAAUCACACAAGCGCGGAGACGUCCCGUCCGAGCCGUCGGACGCGACGGCGGUGUCGGAUCCCGUCAUCGAGGAGCACUUUCGCCGCAGCCUCGGCAAGGAUUACCGUGAGGCUGACUCGGUGUCCAUCACCGGCUCUGUGGACGACCACUUCGCCAAGGCGCUCGGCGACGCGUGGUUCCAACUCAAAACGACGACGGCGGCGACGGCGACGGCGGCGACAGGCCGCAGACGCGUGGCACCGACGCCGGCGUCCGUGGCGGCGACGGAAGCGGCGGCACCGGGGGGACCGCCGCUUCCUGCGCCGUCGCCCUCCCCAGCUUCGACCGACGCCUCGGGAUCGGCGACCGCGUCGGGCUCGCAGUCGGACAGCGAUGCCGAGGAGGGGACGCCGGCCGCCCCGCGAGCGGCCAAUCACGCGGCGCCCGGCGAGCGUGUCGCGACGUCGUCGCCGCCCGAAGUCUCAUGAACACUGCGCAGAACAGCGGGGGAGUGUGUGGGGGGGGUCUACACACGAAAAAACUAAAAAUAACCAACUUUUUUUUAUUUUUUUUACUAGGUAAGGGCACACAGCUCUUUUUCAUAAGUCGCCUGGCGACA